AUGCGCUACAACUUGCCGAUCAUUGCCUUUUUCGCUGCAUUUUUCGUACUUUCCGCGUCUUGCUACAAUGUUCCACCACCAACCGGGAUUCCGGCUGUUUCGGAGGUACGUUUCUGAAUGUUCUAGUCUAUUUGAUUAUUCAAUACUCCGUUUUCAGGUCGACACCAUGAUUCGUCAAUGCUUCCAAACCGCCUGCAAGGAAUGGAUGGCCGAAUGCCACUGGUACUGUGACUCGAUCAAAGGAGCGGUUCGUUGAAGAGCUCGGAACCAAUCAGUGAACUGCAUAGUUUCAGAGUUUUCUCCGUCGUUGCAAAGACUGUCUCAGCUUCCGUGGACAGCAAUGUAUGGACUGCUUCGAACUCUAA